UUUUUCAGAGUGUGCCUUUGAUCCAGCAAUCCAUACUUUUCUCAAAAAUAGAAGGGGACCCAGAAUGGAAUAUUCAGGUAAUCCAGCUGAAACAUGUAAAAGGUAGGAUAAGGUGUUGGAAAAAAAUAUAUACUGAGAGUAGUGGGGCAGGAAAAGUGAAAACCAUGAAAUAAUUGCAUUAUAGAUAUUAAAGUUAUGAUAAAGAGCUGUAGACUAAAUGUGAAAUAAAUUUCCAUAGGGAUAUCAAGAAUGUAGCAGUAUUUGAAUUUUAGUUAUUAGCCACAGGAGGUAAAUUAAUGCAAUCCAGACUGCAAUGUAUAAAACAGUGAACCAGAAUGUAAAAAUUAGCCAAGCAUAGACAAGUUAAAGGGAGUCAUUUUUUAUCAUGUUUAUUAAAGGGACUCCCCAGUGCCAGGAAAACAAACCGUUUUCCUGACAUUGCAGGUCCCCUCUCCCUCCCACCCCCCAUCCCAUGUUGCUGAAGGGGUUAAAACCCCUUCAGUGACUUACCUGUAUCCAGCGCCGAUGUCCCUCGGUGCUGGGUAAGGGUCCGCCCACGCUCCUCCCCCGCCGUCAUCCGGCGGGGGAGACCUAUUGCACAUGCGUGGCCGCCGGCGGGGGUGACCGAAUUAGAUCUCCCUAUAGGAAGGCAUUGAAAAAUGCUUUCAAUGCUUUCCUAUGGGGAUUUCAGCGACGCUGGAGGUCCUCACAUAGCAUGAGGACGUCCAGCAACGCUAUAGCACACGGAAUGUGUGCUAUAAUACCGGAAGUGCCCUCUAGUGGAUGUCUACUAGAUAGCCACUAAAGCAGGAGUUAACCCUGCAAGGUAAAUAUUGCAGUUUAUGAAAACUGCAAUAAUUACACUUCCAGAGUUAAGGGUAGUGGAAGUUGGCACCCAGACCACUCCAAUGGGCAGAAGUGGUCUGGGUGCCUGGAGUGUCCGUUUAAAGACACACUGUGGUCUCUUUUAUAUAAAUAUGUUCUUUUCUAGUAAAUUGUGCUGCUAUGCGUUAUAUCUGGCUUGUCAAUUAUGUUUUAUCAUUAUGUUGAAAGAUUAAAGAGGAAAAAACUCACAGGCACUCCAACUUCAAGCCGCAGGCAGAUUUAUUAUGACAGAAUGCAACGCAACGUUUCGACCGGACAGGUCUUUUUCAAGCCUUUCCAGUCGAAACGUUACGUUGCAUUCUGUCAUAAUAAAUCUGCCUGCGGCUUGAAGUUGGAGUGCCUGUGAGUUUUUUCCUCUUGGAUUAUUGUACUGGGAUUGCUGGUCCUGCUCUGGAGCACCCUUGGCCGUUGGGACUGGGUGCGGUUCUCAUCACUUACUCUGCUCAAUAGUAUGUUGAAAGAUUAAACCUAAUAACUUCCUAAUGGAAAAUUCCAAGCACCAUGACCACUACAGCAUACUUUAUAAUUCUUUAGAAUGGUUUGAUUUUUUUUACCGGGGGUCCACCUAUUCAGCUCUGAGAGCAGGAAGCUACUGAUAGGACUGUCCGCUAACUCGCCUGAGCUUAGCCUUGCACCGCCUGGCUUAACUCAGACAAGGAGCUUUCUGCUCUCACUCAGUCUGUGAAGCACAAUUUCUUCUGUGUACAACUAGAUGAAUUGUAUGGGUCCUCAGAUUUUCUGAAAGAGCUUGUACAGCUGCACUUGCAGAUAGGGGAAAAUUUAAUUUCAUGGAAAAACAUGAAUGAACCAACCUAGCAAGUUGUGAGAAGUUUCCAGAUGGAAUCUGUUAACAUUUGAAUUGUUUUAUUGAAUAUCAUGCAUUUAGUAAAUACAAUUAAUUAUUGAGAGAAUUGAGAAACAUACUUUUUUUGCCUUUUUAAUGCUAACAUAUUUUUUUGCUUGAUGCAGGACAAGUAAAAAGGACUUCAUUAUGAACAUAUUGUGCCUUUAAUACUGUAAGGAGACAGAUUUUCUCAUCAAUACUGUAUUCUCUCCCCGGCAAGCUGGGUAGCACCACGAUCCUCCCCCGUGGCGCUUUGGCCAUGGGGGUUGCACGUGCCAUCCGCCGGUUCAGUGCAGAUAUUCCAGCUCCACUACGAGAUGAGGAGGAAUCAGAAUUAACACAGAGCAUGAGGACACCUAACUACCGUAAUGGGAAAGUACAUACAAAGCAAAUCCGUCAGCGUAGCCGUUUUGUACAGAAAGAUGGUCAUUGCAAUGUAGAGUUUAUUAACCUCAGUGAAAAGAGCCAACGCUACUUGACUGACCUCUUUACCACAUGUGUGGACAUACGCUGGAGAUGGAUGUUUCUGAUUUUCUCCUUAACAUUUGUGGUUUCAUGGCUCAUAUUUGGAUUAACUUUCUGGCUUAUCGCCUCAUUGCAUGGAGACCUAGCACCACCACCAGAACCUGGCUCCGAGGAGACCCCACCCUCUCCAUGUUUUCUCCAAGUUACAAGCUUUAUGGCAGCCUUCCUAUUUUCCUUAGAAACUCAAACCUCCAUUGGCUAUGGAUUCCGAAGUGUGACAGAGGAAUGCCCAUUGGCAGUGUUAACUGUAGUGCUGCAGUGCAUUGUGGGGUGCAUUAUUGAUGCCUUCAUUAUUGGAGCCAUCAUGGCAAAAAUUGCCAAACCAAAAAAAAGGAAUGAAACAUUAGUUUUCACUGAAAAUGCAGUUGUCGCUCUUAGAGAUGGAAAAUUAUGUCUCAUGUGGAGAGUUGCAAAUCUACGGAAAAGCCACUUAGUGGAAGCACACGUUCGGGCCCAACUUCUUCAGGUAAAAGCUAGUUUUACUUAAACAUAAGCAUGUGAGUAAUUUACAAAGUUUCAUGGGUAUGUGAUAUAUAUUGACAUAAAGAAACUGGAUACAACUCAAGAAAUUGUGGAAAACAGUUAUGAUUAUUCACUAAAUUGUGAGUCUUCAUGAAAUUGCACACAAGGUAAACUACAUAAGACCCCCGACACCCAUUUCACUAAAGCCAAAAUUAUGAUGGAUUCUGUUGGAACCCUGAUCUAAGUACGCAUAAUAAUUGCUGGUAUACUGCAGCCAAUCAUGACAGAGAUCAAAUUGAGCAUCUCCACUGAUUAAAAAGAAUAAUGAUACCAGUAAGUUAAGUAAAAGUCAGGAAUUAGACUUAGUCAAGGGUAAGCAUUAGGAUUAGGAAAUACAAUGAGGUAAGUUAGAAUUGAAGGUUUUAAUAAUUACAGGUGAGGUUUAAGAUUGUGACUAAACAAAAAAAAUACAGAUAAGGAGGAUAAUAUAAUAGAAAUCAAAGUAAUGGUGAUGGGGUAGAGGUAGACAGCUCAACAACCCAAUCCAAAGAGAGUGCUCUUUCCUGGUAAUCGGAAGUGUAUUCAAGGAGGAGGUAGCACGUAGCAGUAGUGCCUUGCGAAGUCCUUUGAUUUUGGUGACAUGAAACGAUAAAAAUGAGACAAAGAUAGAAUUUGAUAGUGUAGUAUGUUGUAUUAAAAAAGAAGUAGGAUAAAAAGACGCCCUUACAUAAAGCCCCAUACAGUGUAAGUGUAUCACUUUAUUAUACAUAUUUUUGGCCAUGACAUAUCACACUAUCAAGUUCUCUAAAUUUAAGGAUAUCCCAAGACGCUGCUCCUAUCUGCUCUUUGGAUAAAAAGAUACAAAGAUAUAUUAAGGACGUGACCUUGAUUUUAAAUUUACAUCAGUAUCUUAGCUAACCAUUCAGGUGGGAAGUACCAAAACGUAUUAUGUGUUCAAAUUUUAAGCAAAGGAUAAACAAACUCAAAAACAAACACGGAGAGUGUAGAUAUGAUCCUGGUAAUAUUUCAUUUUUCUUGCUUAUUAUGUCUCCCUAUGUCAUACAAAAUGAUUUUACUUGAAAUAUAAGAAUCUCAAGAAAAAUAUUUACACCUUUAAGAAAUAGGCUUUACUAAUAAUAUGGCAUUUCAUUCAUUGAAACGUAUCUUUUCAGAACAAACUGAAAGAAACAAUUAAAUGCACCUACUCAGAUAAAAACCCUGGCCCACAUACAGCACCAUAAGCACUAUAAGCAAUUCUCCAAAUCAAUAUUUCUUUUCAACUUUAAAUAAUGGUAUUCUACACCAAAAACACUAUCUCUACCAACAUCACUGUUCUUAUUAGAAAUAGUUAUUAAUCCCAAAUUAUUUUCAAGCUACCCUCCCAUUUAAAGUAUCAAUAUUGAGGUGAAACACAUAAAAUAGUAAUACUUUUAGUGAGAAUUCACAAUAUAAUACUAAAUUAAUUUGAAGCAACUGUAGCGGAGCUCCAAAAUUCUGCAUCAAUAUCUCCGCUGUAGACUCUGAGGAAGCAAUAUGAUAUCCAAGGCACAAUCCCCCCAGUAACUGGACGACACACAGUUCUGGGAGUCAACUGAUUUUUAUUUCACAGACUCCUCCUCUGGGAAAUAAUUGAGUAAGAACAACUCUUUAAUUAUACCUAAUUAAGGUAUAGAAAAUAUACAAUAUUGUAAAACCAUAUAACAUAUAUAUUAAUAUCUCAGAACUCCACGAAAGCGCCCACUUUGUCCAAAUAUCACUCAGAUCCGUUUGGUAGAUUAGGAACGCCAUUCGAGUGAAGUUUAUACCCUUCGACCACAAGGUGAAGCCCCAAAAUAGUUCUAGAGUAUUUUAGGCUUUGACCAGUCUUCUUUCGAGAGUUCUCGCACAAAUGUGAUGAAGGCUCCCCCUGGCUGCUAGCAUACGAAUGUUCCCCCUAGUUUAGGUUUCCCGAAUGCCGUUCUUCUACUGGUUCGGGAAGUUGAAUGGGCAGCGGUAAUAAUUUACCGGGUGUUCGCGGAGUCCAAUAGCCGAAAUUAGUUCCAAGCCGUCCACAACCAUAUAUACCGCUGCCCACGUUCGAGAGACAAGAUGGCCGAAGGGGAACCCUCCUUUAAUGAGCAAUUUUGAGAUUAACAGUCAGGGGUGGUCGGUUGUUAAAAUAACCGAACUCAGGGACCACACAGAGGAGAGUUCGGUAAACGAACGAGGGGUACGGACAGCCGAACAAAUGAAGGGAAAAGGGGCAUUCUGCUGUAGUAACAUCUUCUAGUUUAAUGGAAACAGCAAAAUUCCUGUGAACAGAACGAGACAUGCACAAUUCUCUAUUGUGCAAAAUGCUUUUAACAAUAGAAAACAAAUAAAUUGAACAUUGAAUGUGGUAUAGCAUAUCAUGUAACCCUUUAAGUAUAUGUGGCAGAUGACUCAUGCAUUGUUCAAGUUUGGUUUCUUGGGCUCUCAGUUUUACGGUCCCAACUAUGAAACCACCAAUGGAUGAAAACAGACACCUUUGUGUUUUUCCCUUAACAUAUAUUACCUUCUUCUUUUUCCUUAGUUUAAAGGGACACUAUAGUCACCAGAACAACUACAGCUUAUUGUAUUUGUUCAGGCAUUUUCAUGCAAACACUGCCUGUUUACAUUGCCCCCUAGGGAUAACGCCAGCGCUUCCUGGGGCAGUGCUGCACAGUAGGCAGCACUGCCAUUUAGCGUCUCCACGGUCUGCAUGGAGAUGCUGAAUUUUCCUCAAAGAAAUGCAUUGAUUCAUUGCAUCUCUAUGAGGAGGUGCAGAUUGGCAACAGCUUUGGCCCUGCCCCCAUUGUCGAUUUUAGCCAAUCCGAUACUCUCCCUUUAAAGCAUUGGAUUGGCUAAAAAUUGUAAAUUCUGAUGAUGUCACCAAGGAGGUGGAUCGGGGCGGGGACAGAGCCGGCGGACCCGCACGGCACUGGAAACAAGGUGAGUUUUAACCUCAUCUUAUGGGGUUAAGGGGGACAAGCCACCUAAGGGGUGUUUUUAAAUCUAAAGGAUCUUUGUGUUCCUGACCCUAUAGUGUUCCUUUAAUAUCUUAUUUUUGAAUAUGUGAAUGUAAAUGUAUAGAGUGGAAUUAGAAAUGAUCCCUUUCCACAUAUUAUGGAACCCUAGGAACAGAAAACCUGUUAAAUAAAAAAUAAUUAAUCGAGGCCUAAGUCUGAAAAAUAUAUAUAUACAUUAUAGAUGAAUUGUUACUUUUUGACUUAAAAAGUACACUCAUACAUGCUUUUGUAGCAUUUCAGUUCUACAUUCUUUGACUUUGAGUUUCUGUUUUGGGCAUUACUCUUGGUUCUCAUCAUCCAUCUGAAAUAUUACCCUCUUUUUGGGAUAGACCUUUUUUGGAAGUAAAUUGAUAUCAGAUUGGAUUUAUGAUCUUUACAAAGAUGUUUUAUUUUAAAGGAACACUUCUACCUAUGAGUUGCUGCUAGCUCUCCUGAGUGAAGACCUGUGAUGCAGUGCUAACUUAAUAGCUGAGAGUGUCAUCUGAUCAUUCUUAGCCAAUGAGCUAAGCCCUGAACUGCUGGACUUAGCUGACAUAGAGAGCUUUUGGCUCUCUGUCAGCUAUAGUAGAAGCAUGGAGCCCCUUUCAAUAGAGCAAACUGGAACUAAAAAAACAACUACAAAAUUUACUUAAAGGUAGUUAGUGGAAAAAUUACUAAAUUAAAUCUUGAGCCAAGAUCCAAGGAAAACUAAUAUGCAAUUUGGAACCAAGAGGUUCAUAAUUCCCUAAAUAAUAACCCAAAAGUGAUCACAAAUUAUUUGAUACUUGUAACAGAUUAUCCAGAUUGUCAUGGUCAAACAUGCCACCACCUGUUCUUGUAAUACCUAUACAGUAGCUCAAAUAUUAAAAUACAUAUUUCUAAGGCACAAAUAUAAAGAUAGAUUUAAGAAGAUUUUGGGAUUACACAUACACAUCAAUAUGGAAUUCUCUGUAUUUAGAAUGAUAUGUUAGCUAUAACUUACUGUUACUGGAGAAAAUCUUUCCAUGGUAGAAAAUAUAUUGUGGUUCAUUGACAAUACACCUAUUGAUGAUAAGGUAACUUAAAGGACCACUAUAGGCACCCAGACCACUUCAGCUUAAUGAAGUGGUCUGGGUGCCAGGUCCAGCUAGGAUUAACCCUUUUUUCUAUAAACAUAGCAGUUUCAGAGAAACUGCUAUGUUUAUAAUAGGGUUAAUCCAGCCUUUAGUGGCUGUCUCAUUGACAGCCGCUAGAGGCGCUUCCGCGCUUCUCACUGUGAUUUUCACAGUGAGAAGACGCCAGCGUCCAUAGGAAAGCAUUGUGAAUGCUUUCCUAUGGACUGGCUAAAUGCGCGCGCGGCUCAUGCCGCGCAUGCGCAUUCAGCCGAUGAAGACGAGAAAGAGGUGGAGAGGAGGAGGAGAGUAAAUUUAACCCCUUCCACCCCCUAGAGCCUGUCGGGAGGGGGGCCCUGAAGGUGGGGGCACCCCCAGGGCACUAUAGUACCAGAAAAACUAGUAUGUUUCCCUGGCACUAUAGUGGUCCUUUAAAUAAGAUGGCAGAAUCUAGGAUUCUAUCCAACUUCACUUCAAACUUGUAGAUCAUCUGCAAUCACAAAAUAACUCAAUGGUUUUAUAAAACAAGCUAAUUUUUAGAAGGGGAUUUGCCAACAAGAUUCAGUAUGUCAGUGGAGGACAGUCAGUACAAUGGACAAGGAACUCUGGGUAUCAAGAAUCUUCAGUCAAACCUGUCAGCAUCAUGAGUUCCUUAUGUUAAAUGACCAUAAUAUAUAUAUAGUGCAGACGGUUAUGAGCAAUGGUGUAGCUAGAGUUUUUGCCGCCUGAGGUUUCACCAAAAAAGUGGCUAUCUAUAAUUAUUGGUGAAGCUGACAAUUGUAUUGGCACUUAUUAAAUGAAAAAAUAUUUUGUUUGGGAAAAGAUUUUCUAUUUGCACCUUGGUGCAAGGAGAGAAGGGAUCUGUGAGUGCGGGGAGAGAGGGAUUCUAUACAGGAAGUGGCCUCUGAGAGAGAAGGGAGAGAAGGGGUCUGUGCAGCAGGGGUCAAGUCCUGGGGAAAAAAAGUGUCAGAACUCACCCAGAUUGUGUAUAAUAAAUGUACUGUAUCUGUAGUGAGUGCAGAUUGUGUAUAAUGAAUGUAGUGUGUUUGUAGUGAGUGCAGUGUGUAUAAUGAAUGUAGUGUGUUUGUAGUGAGUGCAGAGUGUGUAUAAUGAAUGCAGUGUGUGUAGUGAGUGCAGUGUGUAUAAAUGAAUGUAGUGUAUUUUUAGUGAAUGCAGAGUGUGUAUAAUGAACGUAGUGUGUUUGUAGUAAGUGCAGAUUGUGUAUAAUGAAUGUAGUGUGUUUGUAGUGAGUGCAGUGUGUAUAAUGAAUAUAGUGUGUAUAAUAAAUGUACUGUGUAGUGAGUGCAGAGUGUGUAUAAUGAAUGUAGUGUGUAUAAUAAAUGUACUGUGUAGUGAGUGCAGAGUGUGUAUACUGAAUGUAGUGUGUAUAAUAAAUGUACUGUGUAGUGAGUGCAGAGUGUGUAUAAUGAAUGUAGUGUGUUUGUAGUGAGUGCAGUGUGUAUAAUGAAUGUAGUGGGAUGGUAGUGAGUGCAGAGUGUGUAUAAUGAAUGCAGUGUGUGUAGUGAGUGUAGUGUGUAUAAUGAAUGUAGUGUGAUUGUAGUGAGUGCAGUGUGUAUAAUGAAUGUAGUGUGAUUGUAGUGAGUGCAGAGUGUGUAUAAUGAAUGUAGUGUGUUUAUAGUAAGUGCAGAUUGUGUGUAGUGAAGAUAGUGUUUGUAGUGAGUACAUAGUGUGUAUAAUGAAUGCAGAGUGUGUAUAGUGAAUGUAGUAUGUGUAGUGAGUGCAGAGUGUGUAUAAUGAAUGUAGUGUGUUUAUAGUAAGUGCAGAUUGUGUGUAGUGAAUGUAGUGUUUGUAGUGAGUACAUAGUGUGUAUAAUGAAUGCAGAGUGUGUAUAGUGAAUGUAGUGUGUGUAGUGAGUGCAGAGUGUGUAUAAUGAAUGUAGUGUGUUUGUAGUAAGUGCAGACUGUGUAUAAUGAAUGCAGUGUGUGUGCAGUGUGCAGUGUGUGCAGUGUGUGCAGUAAGAUAUACUGUUUAGAGGAUCAUUGGCAAUAAGUGAGUGGAACUUUAUAAUGCAUGUUUUUCUUUAGUUAUUAAGUUUUCAUUUUUAUUUGCACUCCUUGUAUUUUAUGUUCAUGCAUUGUAUAUACGUGCAUUGUAUGCAUUGCUUAUAUUAAGAGGUGUCAUGACGUGGUCCUCACACAAAAACAAUCAAGAAUUUUUUUUGCAUGAAACUUAAUCACACACUUUAAUCCACUACAUAUACCUACAGUGGCUAUGUACUGUUCAUUCUUUUAUUUAUUUACUUGUUUAAAGUCUGGAAAACUUUCAGUGUGUGCAUUUAGCCAAUUUAUUUCUGAGUGCAUUAAACUGAUGAAAGUUUUCCUUGUAUCUUUUAGGAAUUAAUAGGGGUGUGCUAAUUCAUGUUUAGAAUCCCAUGGGAUAUCAUUCUGGAAUGUAGGUAAUUUGCAUUGGAUACAUAGAUGCUUAGAAGUGCUAAUGGUUUCUGUAUUUUUGUUUUAGCCUGUUCAGAUGCAUAUGAUUGAUUCUUCAAAGUUCUUAUGGUUCUUGUAUUUUGUUUUAUCAGCCUCGGGUGACCCCUGAAGGAGAGUACCUACCUCUGGAUCAUAGAGAUAUCAAUGUAGGGUUUGACAGUGGCACGGACAGAAUCUUCCUGGUAUCUCCAAUAACUAUUGUUCAUGAGAUUGAUGAAGAAAGUCCCUUGUAUGAAUUUGGAAAAGCAGAACUGGAAGCAGCUAACUUUGAGUUGGUUGUUAUCCUUGAAGGCAUGGUAGAAGCCACAGCCAUGACCACUCAAUGUCGCAGCUCUUAUCUUCCAAAUGAGAUUAUAUGGGGUUGCAGAUUUGAACCAGUCCUCUUUGAAAAACGGAAUCACUAUGAAGUAGACUACUUGCACUUUCACCGCACCUACGAGGUGCCCACUACACCCACAUGCAGCGCCAAAGAGCUAUCUGAAAGCAAAUAUUCAGUGGUUGGACGUAGUUCAUUCUGUUAUGAAAAUGAAGUGGCACUCAAUUGUAUUUGCGAUGAAGAGCUACCUGCUUUUGUGGACACAAAACUAUCUACUCCAGAAAUUUCACUUGAGUUAGACAUGCUUAGGGUAGUCGAUCCUCUUGAAGAAAUAUUAUUAACAUGAUUUUGCUAUCACUGGUUUGAUGGUCCAUGUUGAGUAUGACUGUUGAAGAUUAAACUUGUUUAUAACAAAAAAGAAUAGCAGUUCCUGAAAUCAAGGAACACUGGAGGUUAAUGUUCUCAGAUAAAGCACUGUGUACUUUUUUUUAUUACCAUUUUUAAGCAAAGAAAUACCCAUUGGUAAAGAAGAGUUGUUAUAGUUGCAGAACAGGUGCUCUGAUUAGGUAAACCUGACAUGGAUGCUCAGCAUCUUUCUUUGAGGAAAUGGUCAAAGUGAAAAACAGUAAUUUACACUAUGAUAGUUGUUGCUUUAUGUUAUCUUCUCAGCAAAAGCUGCUUAUGUACUUUGUUUGGUGACCCUUAGUCAAGGGUUUAAUGUUCAUGUGUCAUACAGAUGAAACAUAACUGAACACAAAUAGCCAGUAAUGUUCUCAGCAAUGUGAGAAUCCAUCUAUACCAUGGGUGUCCAACCUUUUGGCUUCCCUGGGCUGCAUUGAACACAAAGGACACACAUAAAAUCUAUAAUAUAAUUAAUUUAAAUAAUAAAACUUAAAAAACAAUUUUAUUAAUUGUGUUUAGUAGAUAACUCCCUUAUUUGUUAUCCUUAUGUGGAAUUGCCAUAGUUAAGGAUACCAAAUUAGGGAGAUAUCUACUAAAUACAUACACAUGGACACAUAACUACAGAUAUACACACACACACACACACAAUCACAAACCUAUAAACACAUAAUCACAGACACACACAUACACUCACAGACCUAUGCGCACAAUAACAAAUAUACACACACAAUCACAGAUCCACAUACACACAAUCACAGACCUAUACAGUCACAUACGCACACAUAAUCACAGAUAGACACAGACAUGCACAUACUAUCACAGACCUAUACACACAAUCACAUACAUACACACACACACAAUCACAAACCCAUACAAUCACGUACCUAUACACACAAUUACAAAUAUACACACACAAUCACGGACCUAUACACACAGUCACAUACAUACACACAUAAGCACAGAUUUACACAAACACACAAAAUCACAGACAAAAUCACACAUGCAAUCACAUACAUACACAAACAAUCACAGACCCAAACACAUGCAAACACAUACAUACACAAAGAAUCACAGACCCACACACACAAUCACAUACCUAUGCACACAAUCACAUACAUUCACACACAUAAUUAGAUAUACACACAAUCACAGACGCAUACACACAUAAUCACUGAUCUAUAUGCACAAUCACAUACAUACAAACACAUAAUCACAGAAACACACAAAUAAUCAGAGCUAUACAUACACAAUCACAGACCCAGCCAUAUAAUGAUUGACUUACACAAACACAAUCACAGACAUACACAUAGACCCCCACCACACACAAUCACUGACAAAUCAUACACAAUAAUUACAUUCAUCACUUUGCCAUGUAGUGUGUGUGUAUAUAUAUAUAUAUAUAUAUAUAUAUACACACACACACACACACACACACAUAUACACACACACACACACACACAAGCUCACUGACACGCACAUGUUUACUACAUACAAGGUCACAAUAUACCAACUAACUGACACACACACACAUUCUCACUACAGACAAGCUCACUUAAACACACACACACAUACAAGCAAACUCACUAGCAAGCACAUAUACACAAAGUCACUGACAAAUUAGCUGAAGCUUACCUGGCACUGAAGACUGUGGGAGCCAUUUCUUGACAUCUUCCUGCUUGAGUUCAGGGGCGGAGCUUGCAACUGGGGCAUGACUUAUGUGCAGGAGGUGGAGCUUGCAUGCGUGGGUGGAGCAUGGACAGGGAAUUGCCGAAAAUUGUGAAGGGAGCCUCACAGGUCUCCCUCCGGCCGUCAGCACCCCAUUCAUUAAUCCCCUCGGACUGACACAGGUUGUCACAGUCCAAGGGGAAAAUUAUUUAAAUGGCAGUUUUAAACUUUUUGAGCUGUCUGCCUGGGUUAGCCAGUCCAGUCCCUCUCUACCUAGACUGCAACCGGGCCGCAAUGCUAGCUGUCCUGGGCUGCAUGCGGUCAGCGGGCCACCGUUUGGACACCCUUGAUCUAUACACACAUUUGUUUAAUCCCACCUCAAGAAGGAUAGCUUUUUGUUCUAAUUAGGAGAACAUUGUAACAACUUCUGUGAAGUGUAGACUGAAUUGUCUCAUCUUUAAAACAUAGAUACAAAAAUAUUUGCGGUGAAACAUGGAUAACGAAAUACCCAUCAAAGUGAUUCAAAAUCGCUAAUUUUAUGCCACCUAGAAUAUAGCGGCAACUUUUUUUUCAUAUGAUGCUGUAAUCAAAAUAUAACUACACAUUUUCCUUAUGGGGUAAACAUUAAUUUCAUAUGAAAGAUAUUGGCAAGAAAUAUUUCACAGGGUUUUAUAUAUUCACAAGAGUACAAGUGAUGCUGGUAAAAAUAAUUAAAAUUGAUUAGAUUCAGCAUUACUCAAAAAACCACUAAUGGUGGCAUCGUCAAACUAGAAGAAAAAAACUUCACUGUGAAAUAGCCUCAUGGAAGGACACUUCAAAUUCCAAUAUUAAAGGAAUAAUGGAAAUAAAAAAUAGAAAUCAACAGAAACAAAAAGCAAAAAAGGUCCUACAGAAAUAUUUCUGCAAAUUACCGAUAUUGAAAACACUCACAAGAGUAAAGUAUAACAUUCUUGAUAUAAAUAACACAAAUUACAUAGCAGAACAUUUAUUGAAAGAUUGAAAGAACAGCCUCACAGAAGAGUCAGAGAUAGAAAGACUGAACAAGCCCACUUGGUUUCUGGAUAUUUAAUUAUCUAAUCAACAAUUGCAGAAUAAGGAGGAGCAAUUUAGAAGAAUUUAACUAGUCAAGCGAAAGGAUACAGGAACUUUAUAAAUUGGAUAAAACAUUUAUUUUUAGUUCAGGCGAACUCCCUGAAGGCCCCUGAAACAACUGGACUCAAGACAAAAAGUUUUUUUUACACUAUAAAUUUUAUUCCUGCACAAUUUACCUUUUUGGAGACUCUCCUUGUUCUGAGGGGUGAUCACAUGGUAAAGUGUGUGUUUUUUUCCCAUAUUUGCACAUUUUUGGACUAAUUUUCAUCUAUUUAUAUCCCCAUAAUAGUCUACAAAAUAUACUGCUCCAAGAGUCUUGUUCUUACAUAAUCAUGCUGUCAUCUAAACACUGUAGUCUCUUCGCAAUCACUCUGUUAUCGUUACCAGUAAAUAUCAGACUCAACUGUUUUUUUUAUUGUUAAGUCUCAAAAUAUAUUUACUAGCACAAUAAUUGAAUGUCCCUUUUGUAAAUACAUAUUUCCUAUUAUGCACCUGAUGAUUCCUUUCACAAUGAAUUUCAAUUUUGUAUCUUCUUACUUUUUAUAAACCUUUAAUAACGUUAUUUCUACGGUGCAGAACAAGAUAACUAAGAAGUUGAGAAAAUGUUUGCAGUUUAUCAAGUUUAUGUUUGCACAUUGUAAAGUGGUGCAUAAAUACAAAAUGUGAGGCAUCACCAACGGAAUAUCCCUGUGGGAUCUACUGGUUUCCAUGGUGAGUGUCCCACUUUUACUACUAUAUACCACUUGGUGGAACAGAACACUUUGGUAAAUCUCUACCAGUAUGAGUUCAGUAUAGCUCUCUCCAUAUAAGCAAUUUUACCCCAAAGCUUUUUUGGUUAGUUCUCAAGUCAAUACAAAUCACAACUUUGAGGAUACCCUUAGCUUUUUACCUAAGGUAACAAAUUCUCUUUGAAGGAACACUCCAUGCACCAUAACUACUACAGCGCACUCUAUUAGUUAUGGUGCCAGGAAUGCCUGGCACCUCUCCAAUGUUCAUGGUGAAACCGUUUGUUAACAGGCUGACAACUUAUUUGGUGUCUGUGGUCACUUGCUCCAUUGAGACCCGGAAGAUCCUGCAUGGAGCUCCAUUAUCUCUGCUGCUCUAUACCUUGCCUUGAAACCUGUCUUAUUUGCUGAGAGCGUCAACUGAUUAUUUUUCGACAAUGAAUUAAGCCCUGCAAUGCCAGGCUUAGAUUAAUGAUGACAGCUGCUUUCUCUCAUAGAGAAGAUGUCCAGUGGAUCCCAUAUAAGAUGUCAAACGAUCGGCAAACAUUUAGAUAAAUUAUAUUAAGGGGCACCUGGGCACAAUAACCACUAUACUCUGCUGCUUUAAUUAUAGUGCUUGAAGUGUUGAUUUAACAUUUGAAUGCACACAAAAAAAAUGAUUUGACCAGUGAUAAUGAAAGCAAGAGGUUUUUGGACAAACAUUAUGUCCACUUCAGGACAGUGAAUCUUCAACAAAAUAUUUUUCAAUUAAGGUCCAGUUAGUCAUAGCACAAUAUCAUGAUAAACGUGGGACGCAAUAACAAUAUUUUUUAUGUAUAUAUUAGCAAGACUUGAAUAAAACCAGUGUCAAAAUAUUGCACCCUACAAGUUAUCUGAUAUCAGUAAACCAGUUUGUGCCAAAUAUAAAAAAAACAAUAUAGUUCAGGGAAAGUUGGUCCAAAUACCAAUCCAAUCCAUCACAUGCUAGAUAGACAGGUGGAAAACGUGAGGUCAUUGCUCAUGCUGUAUAUCAUAUGAAGCACGCAUUAAUCGGCAUUCCAGUUUUUUCACUGCAUAUAUUCAGAAAUGGCCCUUUUAGUGAAACCGUUGUGGUCAGAGGAGGUAAAGUCAGAUUUUAUUUUACCCCAAGAACAAUUAUUGUUUUGCCAAAUGACACAGUGUGUACAGUUAAAAGAACUUUCAGUAAUGUUAAAUCAAUCAUAAUAUUGAUAAUCCCCACAAAUGGUGCAAAUGUUUCCAAACUGAUGCAAAUAAAAUAUAUAUUUUGGUUCUUAAAA